AUGGCUCUAAGGGCUGCCAUGCCCUGCCUGAGGCACGGCGCACUCUUCGCCCGCACCAUCCCUGUCAUGCGGCAGAGGGCAGCACUGGCUCCAUUCCGAUGGCGCCCGAGGUAUGCGAGCUCUCAGGCAGCGACUGCAGAGAGGGACUCCAUGGAGGACACCGUGAGUGAACAGCGCCAGGUGCUCUUCCCGAAUGCAAAGAAAUUGGAAGAGGCCUACCAGCAGCAGGACCUCCAAAGAGGCGUCGCGGUGCCGCCCGAGCAGUGGUCACCGAGGCGAGUGCCCUACAAGACCUACGAAAAGGAUGCGGCACCUGACGAUAGCGAUGAGGAGGAAGAGGAGGGGAUUGCGCUCGCCAAAGAGGCAGAGGUGGAGGGAUUGGAAGUCGGAAUGGAGGAGGUGGGUUUCCGCUACAACGGCCCCGAGCCAACAACCUUCGGGGACUGGGCGCAUAAAGGUCACAGACUUCUGAUGGAGCUGGUCGUCGCCCGUGGGUCAAACGACUGGCGGACUGGCAUGGGCCGUUCCGCUACAGUCAAUCUCACGGAAAGUGCAGCAUUUGCCUUCGCCGCUGCGCGGCAUGACCAGGAAUUCGUCUGGUGCCGCACAUUGGAGGAUGCCGGGAAAGAUGAGGCUGGGUGUUCGCGCUGCAACCAGGUUAAGGAUGAUAAUGAGCGGAGCAGGACGAACAGCGCACCGAAGCAGCAAAGACUGAACAACAGCAACAACCAAGAGUUUGGUAUAGCAUGUCUUUGCAAAGCGUUCGUAGUGAUGCUCUUGUCCCACAAGUUUUUGGUGCAAGGGCCGGACUUUCUCAUCCAGAAGCGGAUCCAGAAGGACAACCAGUUCGCUGUCGCGGCGGAUUAUGCGUCCAAGAUGGCCGCAAUCUCGCAGGUCACGCACUGGUUUGAGGGCAAGCAGAAGUUUGACUUCGCGGAGACAGAGAAGCGCAGUUCUGAGUUCAUCAAGCAGGAGAUGAACUCCUGCAGCGAGGAGCUCAAGAUCAGAAGACGAACUAGGCUGAGAAACCUUUAUGAGGCAGAGGCCCUGGUCGCGGUCAAAGAUGGCAGAGCCAUCCAGAAGGCGCAGGCGGUAGCGGCCCCUCGCGCCAGCGCCCGUGGCAGAGGAAAUGGAGGAGCCAGGAGCGGUGCGCCGUGGGUGGGCCUUUCAGGCCUUUGUGGUGCCGUGGCUGUUGGGCGCCAGCGUCGCAGGCUGCGGGCGCUGCCCUUCGGCAUCUCUGUGGUGGGCACGGGCUCCGCAGCUCCCGAAACGGUCGUCUCCAAUGACGAUCUGGCGGAGAUCGUGGAGACCAGCGACGAAUGGAUCUCGCAACGCACUGGCAUCAGGAGAAGACAUGUCCUGGCCCCCGACGAGUCGCUAGCGUCGCUGUCUGCAAAAGCUGCGAGCAGAGCUCUGGAAGCUGCGAAGAUGUCUCCCGAAGACGUCGACCUGGUGAUCCACGCUACCUCUACACCGGACGAUCUUUUUGGAACCGGCCCCCAGGUGGCAUCCAUGCUGGGUGCAGACAAUGCCGUAGCCUUCGAUUUGACGGCAGCCUGUUCAGGUUUCGUUUUCGCAUUAACAACCGCAGCGCAGUAUGUGCGCUCGGGCUCUUUCAAAUCUGCGGUUGUGAUCGGCGCGGACUGCUUAUCCCGCUGGGUCGACUGGUCUGACCGAAACACCUGCGUCCUCUUCGGCGACGGCGCUGGCGCCAUGGUGAUCACUGCAACGGACGCGGAAAAGGAUGCCUUGCUUGGGUUUCGCAUGGGCAGCGAUGGCAACGGAGCUUGCCACCUGGGCUUGAAUGCCGAGGCAGACGGCGUGUCCCUAGGUGCAGGCAAGGAGGGCGGAGACGGAAGAUACCGCAAGGUCACCAUGAACGGCAAGGAAGUCUUCCGUUUUGCGACAAGCAGAGCCCCAGAGACGCUCUCCAAGCUCAUGGAACAGCACAACAUCAGUGGCGAAGAGGUCGACUGGCUGCUCCUUCACCAGGCAAACCGCCGGAUCAUGGAUUCUGCAGCUCGUCGGCUGAAGUUGCCGAAGGAGAAGAUCUUGUGCAACCUGGAUGAGUACGGCAAUACUUCGGCCGCCUCCAUCCCGCUAGCCUUGGACGAGGCGGUCAAGGAAGGCAAAGUUCAGCCAGGACAGCUGGUGGCUUGCUGUGGCUUUGGAGCGGGGUUGACUUGGGGAGGCAUGCUGCUGCGGAUGUGA